AUCGAGGUCGCGAAUAACUCGCAGCUACAUUGUCAGUAAUAUUUGUGAUACCGCGAGAGUCAAAACAGAAGUCCUCUUAGGCCAUCCGAAUGUAGCUUCGUGAUAUAUAGAUAAUAGAGUCAAUUUUGAAUAACUUUCCAUACCUAAUUAAAUUAAUAAGAAUCGUGUGUCAAAGAUGAAAUCAGACGAUGAUAAUUCCCUGGAUAGCUUUUUAGUCCUCGUUGGAGAUUUUGGGAAAUACCAAAUUCUGAUAUUCACGUUAGUAUCUUUCGCGGUUGUGUUGCAUUCAUCUAUUCAUACCGCCUAUGUUUUCACUGCUCUGGAUAUCAGCUACAGAUGUGCUAUACCAGAUUGUGACACCAAUCCAGCAGAAUUCGAACCCAGUUGGCUAUCAAAUGCAGUGCCCUACAAGGGCUCAACCCCUACAAAAUGUGAAAAAUAUAUUUUCAAUGGAAACCACACUAACAUCAACUAUGGUUCUUGUCCAUUCAAUGCUUUCGAUAGGAAUAGGGAAAUCAAAUGUUCGUCUUUCGUCUACAGAACGGAAGAGAAGAGCAUUUUGCAAGAGUAUGAUUUACAAUGCGACGACAAUCUCUGGAAACUGACUAUGGUCGGUACAAUCAACAGUAUCGGACAAUUCUUUGGACUCUUCAUAGGAGGACUAAUAUCUGAUAGAUAUGGUCGAAAACCAGUAUUAAUUUGGGGGAUGGUUUUGUCGGCGAUCUGCGGUAUAUCCAGAGCUUUCAUGCCGACUUAUAACUGGUUCUUAUUCUUCGAAUUUCUUGAUGCAACAUUCGGCGCUGGAACAUAUAUUGUUGGAUUCGUCCUGGGUGUGGAGUUGGUGAGUCCAAAGAAGAGGGUCAUGACUGGAAUAAUUUCGAGUUCUUGCUUUGCAAUAGGAGAAAUAUUCACAGCGGGUUCAGCUUGGGCAGUGAAGUCAUGGAAGCCACUAAUAUUCAUACUAUACAGUCCAAUAUUUCUUCUCAUAUCGUAUCACUGGUUGGUCCCGGAAUCAGUUCGGUGGAAUCUCAGUAGAGGCCACGUAGAAGAAGCCAAGAUGACAUUAAGAAGAGCAGCAAAGUUCAAUGGCAUCGAACUUUCAGAAAGUACAUUAGAAAAGCUAGCGCUCCCGACGAAAGACUGUCCUGAAGACGAGACUGGGGACUUCAAGACUGCAUUGAAAUCAAAAAUUCUUAGUGUCAGACUAGUCAACUGCUGUUUUUGUUGGAUCACUUGUACAUUCCUCUUCUACGGUUUGACCCUCAAUUCAGUGAGCUUGGUCGCCGGUAACAGCUACUUGGACUUCAUUCUGACUGCUUUGAUAGAGGUGCCUGCUUAUAUUUGCUGCAACUUCAUGUUGGAUCUGUUUGGAAGAAAAAAAUCAGUUAGUAUUUCCUACAUGGUCACUGGGAUUGCAUGUUCUGCUUUCCUGUUUGUUCCCCCGGAUUCUCAUGCUGGCAGCUUAUCUGUCUACCUCAUUGGUAAAUUCGGAGCGACAGCUGCCUUCACCAAUCUGUAUGUAAUCACGAGUGAGAUGUUCCCUACGAAUUUGAGACAUUCUUUCAUGGGAUUCUGUUCCACAUUUGGGAGGCUCGGAUGCAUGAUUGCUCCACAAACGCCACUUUUGGCUCAGAUUUGGAAACCCUUACCAGUGGUUUGUUUUUCGGUUAUGUCAGUCGUAGCAGGACUCCUGACCAUGCUGUUUCCGGAAACGUCUAACAUAAAGCUUCCUGACACCAUCGAGGAAGCUGAAAACAUCAGCAGCAGAGUAAAAGAACUCCAGGAGAAAGAAAAAGCAAUCAUUUCUUGACGUAUCUUGUUGAAAUAUUCUUCGUGAAUGUGAAGAAUUUGUUCUCAGUAAUUAGGUAUAGAUUGUAUUGAAUUCCAUCUAUGCAACACACAACGUUAUAUCCAUAAUGGUCUAUUCUAUUCAACUAAUUUCUGUUUAAAUAAUUCACUACAAUAAUGUCACAAUCUAUAGGCAGGGAUUGCCUGAGUUAUUGUGUUCUUUGUCAAUUGAUAAUAAAUCUUUCUGAUUUCUGAAUAAUAGAGUUAGUGUGGAAAAUGACAUAUUUCGUACGAAUUGAAUGUAACGUGUGCAUGACACUCACUUUCCAACGAGUUAUGUACAAUAUUGUUUCUACGACAAUAAAUAUAUAGUUCAAAACACAAAACACAAAUACAUAUUUA